UACAACACUGGUGUUCUCCCACUCUGGAUUGUGAUAUUUUUAUUUGUUCCUCCACUUUGGAUGGUGAUUUUUAUUUUUAUUUUAAUUAUAUAUUUUUUCUAACUUUUGUGACACACCCGGUCCACCCGGUGGUUUUUUUUUUUUUCAGUUCCUCCAUUUCAUGGACGCGCGGCUCGGUCAGGUGGAUCAACUUGAAAAUGGUGUAUAAUGUUGUAUUUCAGGACGGGGUCAACAUGGAUUUAUCUGGUGCUUUUGUUUUUCCCCAACAUUAACGCAAUAAGGAUCAUUGGUCAGGAUGUGACUGCGACAGCAGGAGAUGAUGCAGAAUUGUUCUGUCAAGUGGUGGAGACAGCAGAGACUCUAACAAGUAUUAGGUGGCAAAGACGAACAAAGGAAAAGCCAACAAAUACAGAUAUUCUGAUUAUCACUUCAGGUGGCAAACAGGAAUAUAUAAACGGAUUGAGAGAUCGAGUAAAAUUCGCAGCGAACUUUGCAGGACUGAAUGGCUCUAUUCUAUUAAGUAGUGUUACUGUUUUAGAUGAAGGAAUCUACACCUGCAUUUUCAGUGUGUUUCCAAGUGGACCUUAUGAAACAGAAGUUCGUCUCACAGUACAAGUUCCUCCGGUUGUCAGUGUGAGCGCUGAUCCUCCUGCUGUUGCUGGUGAUAGUGAUGUGGUUUUAGCAACCUGCACUGCAGCCGAUGCAAAGCCUGCAGCAGAAGUGUCGUGGAGUCUGGAUGUUUUAAAUAACUCAGUGAAAGUACAAAACACUGUCACUGUGGACUCUGAAGGAAGAUACACUGUUAAAAGCAGCCUGAUUGUAAAUGCAUCUGUAGAUCUAAACCAGAAGAAGGUUCAGUGUGAGGUUACACACCCUGGUCUGAAGGAGAAACUGGAACUGAGUUACACAUUGAAUGUUCACUAUCCUCCUCAGGUGGUUUAUAUUAAUUCAGCAGGUGAUCAAGGGGAAACUCGUGAAUUUCAGUGUGAAGCAGAUGCUAAUCCAAAACCUACAAACUUCACCUGGAGCAGAUAUUUUCCAGACACUCUUUCCCGCGGUGUUAAUAGCAGACUGAUUAUUCAGCUGAACCCUGACAGUAACGGACUUUACUAUUGUGUGGCAUCUAACCAGUAUGGGAAAUCUGUAGGUUCUCUCUACAUGCAUGUUAAACAAUCUUCAGAAUCUAAAACCUGCUGGACUCUGUACAUCAUAACCGUCAUUGCUGGAGUUUGCUGUUUUCUCAUUUGGAAGUUUAAUUUGUUUCAGCAGUUUAUAAAAAGACUGCAGUGUAAUAGUGGUGAUCCUGUGUCCACUGAAUCUCUAGACUAGAAAGAGGGGCAUUGUAUGAAUGAUUCAAACCUCUCUAUUGGGACCAUACCUUGCCGUGGUGGAGGGGCUUAUUCUCCUUCAAGAUGAGGAGAAACCAAAUGGUCCCACAGGUUUUGUAACCUAACGAUCCAGUUUGGGAUCCAUCUUUCCACGUGUCAAUAUAAAAGGUGGUCCUAACAUCAUAAGGUUUGCUGACUCAUCUGCUGUCAUGAGCAUGAUUUUUCAACAAGACUAUAAGCAACAUGUAUGAGAGGAUGACACCCAGGCAUCAGAACCCAGAGGAGAUCACAAAUGUUUUUUAACAUUUCCUCAAGAGAUUACACCUGGAUGCUUAUUACAGAUGCUUAUUAACCUCAUUUCAUCACAUCCUACUGAAGAACUGGGUGAAACCAAUUAUAGCAGAUGAAUGACUCUUCACAUCUGAAUUAUCUGCAUCAUCUGAAGUAGAUAAGUACAUACAGUUCUUUUACGUUUACACUGAUUUGUGUUGAUGACACCAGCUAGUCUCUUUUUACAGACAACCCAUCCUCAUUUAGGUGAAACUGUUUAUAGUUUAGUAAAGUUGUGCAACAGAUACACUACUGGGUAAAUUAAAUAAAUAAUAGUCUAUACACAGGCCUCUGUUUAACAUUUAACAGGAUGUCUGUCAUCACACAGAAACUCACUGUUCAGUGCAUUUUUCAUUUAAACCUGUUUAAUGAAAGAAAACUGAAUGAUAGAAUGAUUGGAUGGUUCAAGACAUUUUUGCAUUACAUUGUGAAUUGCUGAUAGUAAUUAUUAUGUUAAAUAAAGUUUGUAAAAUUAAAUUUGUAGCUCUACCCACAGUAAGAUUACACAGAUUUUAUUAUUUAAAUGCACUAACAAUGAAACCAGUGUAUUGUGGACUGACCCAGAAACGUGAUUUGUGAGUAAGCUGAGUUAGAGGAGUUCACAUGACUUUAUCCCACUCUGCUUUAUCCUGAGAGUCAGGAAUGUUUGCCUCAUUCGAUUUUAGCCAUAAGGUGGAUUAAGACCAUAAUACACCUUUAGGUGUAAGUGGAUUGGCUAGUCAGCAUUUGGUUUGUAUUCAUGGGUCCCGGGUGCCCCACAGUCGACUUGCAUCCUGUUUAAACCUAGGUCAGCCUACACCUGCUAGGGAUCUGUGGUAAAAUUAUACUGGCAUUUGGCUCUGUUGCUAGCUUUGUCCAUAAUAAUUAUUAUAUAUUUAUUAUUACAUAUUAUAUAUAUUUGUUAUUUGCUACACACACAGUUGCAUACAGACCUUAGCAGUGUUUCAGAGUUGUAGAUGACGUGUUACAUAGCAGUUUUCCAGUGUUGCAUUAUGCAUAUUGCAUAUGACUAGCUUGAUGUUACAUUGUAAAAGCACCAUAUUAAGUUUUGUUUGUUUGGAGUUUUAAUUUUGUUUGUUUUCUGAGUCAGUUUUUGGCCUUGUGAUUAUCCAGUUUUUCCCUUAUAUUCAUCUCUUUGUUGAUCUGCUGUUUAAAGUUGUGUUGAAGGAAUUUUGUUUUCUAAAAAGUUGUAUUUGUAAAGUAAAUGAGAACAUAAUGGGAGUUUAGGAGGUUUUUUGUUUGUUUGUUUGUUUGCGAGGUUUAAAUCAGAAAUAAAUUCCCUCUUUUGGUCCAUG